AUGUUUUCAAUAUUUCAACGAACUCAUCAUCAUAAACAAUCUGUUCAUUUAGUGAUAUUUUGUUUUUUCCUAUAUAAAUUAACCGAAACACUUUUACAAUAUGGUACACGUAUUGAAAUAUACAAAAUUAUUUGUCUAGCUUUAACAAAUUCAACAAACAUCAAAAAUGAUAUUUGUUCCGGUGAAGAUGACAACAAUAUUGUGAAUGGUAUUAUUAAGGAGAAUAAUUCUGUAAACAAACAAUCAUUAUUACCAAAAAUACAAAGAUUAUCUGGAUAUUAUUUAUUAACUUAUCGUAUUCUAUUAAAUUUACCAGCUACUAUAUCAUGUCUUAUCUAUGGUGUAUGUUCAAAUAAAUAUGGUCGUAAAAUUUCCAUGUUAAUACCAUGUUUAGGUGCAGUUAUAGCAUGUACAUUAUUUUCUUUCAGCUUAUUACCACCAAAUAAUAAUAGUAAUAAUAAUGAUUUAAUUCAUCAUUCUGUUCUAUUCAUUUUAAUUGGUGGAUUUAUUUACGGUGUAUGCGGUAAAAGUAGUGCAGUGACAAUGGGUGCUAAUAGUUAUAUUACUGAUAUGACAAAUAUUGAAAAUCGUACAAGCAUGCUUGGACGAUUAUUAGGUAUCAAUUGUCUUGGUCUAUCAAUUGGUACAUUUUUUCUUGGUCUAUUUUUAUCAUUUUCAACUUAUGCUGAUUCAGUGAUAUUUUGUGCAAUGAAUAAUUUAUUCAUUGUUUUAAUUUUAUUAUUUUUGGUGGCUGAUUCAAAAACCGAUGAGAUCACACCAAUAUUACAUGAUAAUCAAUCUUUAUCGAUAAAAUCUAGUGAACAUGAUAGUGCGACAAUGAAGAAUUGUACCAAUUCCGCAAAAAUGUCAAAUAAUAAUAAUUAUACGGAUAUUCGAUUUUAUGAAUUCAUUCAAAUGUUGAUUGAACAAUUUCGUCAAUCUUAUCAAUUUUUAUUUCAUAGUAAUCAAAAUGAAAAGCAUAAAUUACUCAUAAUUUUAUUAUGUACAGUUUUAUUUAAUCAAAUGACAAAAUCUGGUGAACAAGAUAUCAUUUUAUUAUAUUUACGUAAUGAACCAACAUCAUGGACUAGUCAAUUAUAUGGUUAUUAUUUAGCAUGUUAUUAUGGUUGUAUGUUUAUUCAUUUGACCUUGAUUCUACCAAUCAUUGAACGACGAUUUACACCACAUGAUACCACUUUCAUUUUGAUUGGUUUAUCAUUAAAAAUUAUACGUUUAUUAUUAUUCAGUAUUACUAAGAAUAAAGGAUGGAUAUUUUUUGGUGCAAUCAUUGGUUCCGCUGCUGGAUACAUUACAACAGCAACACGUUCAAUUAUUAGUAAGUUAAUACUUAAAACUGAAAUCGGUGGAUCGUUUGCAUUGAUCUCGAUUUUUGAAACAAUUGCAAAUCUGAUUGGCGGUUUAUUAUUCACUAUGAUUUAUAAUUAUACAUUAAAUUUUAUGUCAUCAUUUGUUUUGCUGUUUGAUUCAGUGUUACACAUGUUCAUAUUGAUUUUAUUUGUAUGGUUACGUUUUAAAUUGAUUUUAUUUGAGAAAAGUUCAAAUUAUGAAAAAAAUUAUCCAUACAUUGAAAAUAAAACAUAAUCAAAAGAAUAAAAAAACAUUGUAAAUUGAACACAACUAAUUUAUGUGAUAUUGUAUUUAAACAAAG